GUUUCCAAAGUGAAACCCUACGGCUUCUGUGCUUGCUCUUCUGUCUCCCGCUUCUUUCUCCGCCGCCCAUGGGUAUCGGCCUUUCCCCAGCCCAACGCGCAGCCGCGACCCGGCCUCCCUUUGGACCCGCCUACAGGGAACGUCACUUCCAGGCUGAUUGUUUCCGGGUCGCUACUGGCCCUGGGGUACUGGUCUCAAACCCCUGCAGCCGGCCGGAGUGGGGAGAGCCCACCAGGGCCCGGCUCCGGCUGCGGCUGCGGCUGCGGCUGCGGCUGCGGCUUUUUCUCGCUUCCGACGGCCGAGGCGUCCUCGGGGGCAGUGCCGGGCAGCGUGCUGGUCCGGCCGGGCAACAUGUUAGUGCUUUUAGCCAUGGCCCGGCCUCUGACCCAGAGGCCGUGGAGGAGAUAAGGUAGCCCCUCGUCUCUGGACCGGAUGGGGAAGCCCAGUUCAAUGGAUACAAAAUACAAGGAUGACUUAUUUCGGAAGUAUGUGCAGUUCCACGAAGGCAAAGUGGACGCCGCCCCCAGCAAGCAGCGGCCUGGCAGUGACGAGUACCUGCGGGUGGCCGCAUCCACCUUGCUCAGCCUGCACAAGGUGGACCCCCUGUAUCGAUUCCGGCUGAUCCAGUUCUACGAGGUGGUGGAGAGCUCCCUGCGCGCGCUGAGCUCCUCUAGCCUGCGGGCUUUGCACUGCGCCUUCAGUGUGCUGGAAACGGUGGGCGUCAACCUCUUUCUCUACCCGUGGAAGAAGGAGUUCAGAAGCAUCAAGACCUACACUGGGCCCUUCGUUUACUACGUUAAGUCCACGUUGCUGGAAGAGGACAUCCGAACCAUCCUGAGUUACAUGGGCUACGUGCCUGACUUGGGGACCGCAUACAAGCUCACGGAGUUGGUGGAGACCCUGCAGGUGAAGAUGGUCUCCUUUGAACUCUUUCUGGCCAAGGUGGAGUGUGAGCAGAUGCUGGAAAUCCACUCACAAGUCAAGGACAAGGGCUAUUCUGAGCUGGACGUGGUGAGCGAGCGCAAGAGCAGUGCAGAGGACGUGCGGGGCUGCUCAGACGCCCUGCGGCGACGGGCUGAGGGCCGGGAUCACCUGCCAGCCUCUGUGGCCCGUGUGGCGCUCCAGAAGUCUGCCAGCGAGCGGGCAGCCAAGGAUUACUACAAGCCCCGUGUGACCAAAAUCUCGAGGUCGGUGGACGCCUACGACAGCCACUGGGAGAGCCGGAAGCCACCCCUGAAGACCUCAUUGAGCCUGCGGAAGGAGCCCGUGGCAACAGAUGUGGAUGACCUCAAGGACGAGAUCAUCCGCCCGUCCCCCUCGCUCCUGGCCAUGUCCAGCUCCCCUCAUGGCAGCCCUGAUGACCUUCCAUCCAUCUCCCCCAGCAAUGGCCUUGGCCUGCUGCGCGGCACGUAUUUCUCGGCUCAGGAUGACGUGGACCUCUACACGGACUCGGAACCUAGGGCCGCAUACCGGAGGCAGGAUGCCCUGCGGCAGGACGUGUGGCUGCUCAGAAACGAUGCCCACCCCCUCUACAAGCGCUCGGCCCCUGCCAAAGAGUCCGCCCUAUCCAAGUGCCAAAACUGCGGCCUGUCCUGCAGCUCCUCCCUCUGUCAGCGCUGCGACAGCCUGCUCCCCUGUGCCCCAGCCUCCAAGCCCAGCGCCUUCCCCAGCAAGUCUUCCACGCAUGACAGCCUGGCCCACGGGUCGUCUGCGAGGGAGAAGUAUGCAGGCCAGACUCAGGGUCUGGACCGGCUGGCGCACUUCCACUCAAAAUCCAAGCCCUCCACCACAGCCACCUCCCGCUGUGGCUUCUGUAAUCGCCCAGGUGCCACCAACACCUGUACCCAGUGUUCAAAAGUUUCCUGUGACGCUUGCCUCAUCGCCUACCAUUACGACCCUUGCUGCAAAAAGAGUGAGCUGCACAAGUUCAUACCCAACAACCAGCUGAACUACAAGUCCACCCAGUUCUCCCAUCUCGUGUAUAGAUAGACUGGACCUCGCCCCUCCCUGCUCCAAGGGCUACACCACUGAUCUUUCUGCUUUCCUGGGGAAGAAGUGUUCAUGCGUUGAUCUGGGCAGCAGAGAUCUGCACUUGACCAUGUAGGUGCCAGGGAUUUGGGUUGGCGGCACCAUGUGGGAGUUGACUUAGUGACUAACAUAUUUCACCUGAUGGCUGCUUUGUCGCCUGACAAGGGAGAGGGUGGCAGUUCCGUUCACAUCAUUUUUGCUAAUCUCUCCACUCCCUUUCUGUUUUUUAAAAGAGGAUCUUUAUCUCUGGGACUCUUGCCACAUCUGCCCCUCCCACUGCAAAGCCAACUUGUGCUGGGAAGGGCCCCCCAGGUCACCUCCAAAUGCCCAUCUGGGAGGGCGAGCUAGAGGCCUGUUGGCUUGUGAAAUGAGCCCUCCUGCCACACUGGGCCUCCUCCAGUGGCUCAUCCCUUCUCCUACCCGCCCCCCCACACACACAAGGAUCCCCCUGCUCUCUCUGCCCUGACUCCCCACCCUGCCCUAGGUUUCAAAGGGGAACCGAGUCCAGUGUUAGCUGAAUGUCACCCCAUUGCGAUCACAGCUCAGCUGAGCCCGUGCCAUUUGUGAACAGGGCUCCUGUGCGUUGGGGUGUGGACCUCCCACAGCAGGACUGGCCCCCAUUUCUGUUGUUUGCACAUGCUCCUCUUACUGUAUUGUAAAUAGAUAUUUUUGAAAUUUAUUUUUAAAUAAAUAUUCGACUUGC